CCUUAAGCCGCUAAACACAUGCUAUACCAUAAACCCGAGCAGCCCGAGUCAACCUGAUGGGUUCCAGGACGAGUCCACCUGGAUUCCUGACCACCAGGGCAAUCGCUAGAAGACAAGAACUAGCUUGGCGGAAGUGACCGAAGCCCCCCUCGAGCAGAGGGGCCGCAGCGAGGGGGCGAGGCGGGGAGGCACUCGGGUUCGUAGGGACAGUGGGAGCCGGCUUCCGCCGCCGCUGCCGCCUCAAAGAGCAGGCGCGGUCUCUCUAGGCGCCGCGGAGGCCUCAGCUCUCAGUGAUUCCGGGGCGCAGGCCAGGAGUCCUUUGCCAAGAAAAGCCAGAGGCAAAGCAAACGAUCCGACUCUCAGCUGUGGUUCAGGACUGGGAGGUGGGGACGGGGGCGGGGUCCCCUGGGAUUGACGACGGCGCAGACCGGACGGGACGGCCCCUUUGUCUUAGGGAGCUGAGACAGCAGCCACAGGGCGAAAGGUUGCAGCAGAUGAUCUGCGAAGCACCCCCAAAAAAGUCCUGUAUGUAAAAGAGCCUUUUUUCUACACAAGUCUGCAAACUCGGACUCGUGGCGUCCAACGUGUUGGAGAGAGCCCCUAACUCAGGUGUAGUCAGGACGAGAGGCCAAACAACUAUCACUCUGUCAGGGUUCCAGGGAGCCAGAACUGCUCAUGCCGUGAAGGUCAGCUUCUCAUGUGGGAGAGGAUAGAGAUGCUACCCAACCAAAUGAAGAGGUUGGUGCUGGAGGGAGGCACUCUGAGAAGGUCUCACCGAGGGAGAGCACUGCUCAUAGACAGGCAGUAGGCCUGCUGCCUGCAGGAGACAGUGACCGAGCACCGACAUGCGAGUUUACCAUGUUGCUUCAGGGACCCGCAGAGGUGACGUCCUGUGAACAUAGUGCUCUCCUGAAAGGAAGAGGGUUGGGGCACAUAUGCAUGUUGACGACAGCUUGUGAGAACUGGGUCUCUCCUUCCACAAGCCCCACGGGAUCCUGAUUCCUCUUGUCCUUACACACCCACGACACCAAGAUGGCAGCAGCUGGACUUCUGCCACUGCCAGCAGGACCUCAGGUCAAGGUGACCUUCGAGGAUGUGGCUGUUCUGCUGUCCCAGGAGGAGUGGGCCCGCUUGGGCCCUGCUCAGCGGGGCCUCUAUCGGAAUGUGAUGAUGGAGACUUACGGCAAUGUGGUCUCACUAGGACUCCCAGGAUCCAAGCCUGUUGUGAUCUCCCAGCUGGAGCGAGGAGAAGAUCCGUGGGUCCUGGAUGGGCAGGACACUGAACGGAGCCAGGGCCUGGGAAGUGGCCACUCCGAAUGGAAAACCAAGGAAGAAAACCAAAACACAAACUUGAACUUACAGCCAUUGAUCUCAGACGAAAAAUCAGUGAUUCUGGGAGAAACAUCAUUGAAGAAGGCUAAUGAAGAACAUUGCAAAACAGAGCAGAACAUAUGCCCAAAUCCAGCCCCUGUUGGCCCCCAUACUGUCCAGGUAUCAAACCCUAGUGUAUCACUUGCUGGACACCAGGUGGCUCCUAGUGGAGAGAGACCCUAUAUGUGCAUCGAGUGUGGAAAAUGCUUUGGUCGGAGCUCUCAUCUCCUCCAGCAUCAGCGAAUACACACUGGUGAGAAGCCCUAUGUCUGCCACGUGUGUGGGAAGGCCUUCAGCCAGAGCUCUGUCCUCAGUAAGCACAGGCGGAUCCACACCGGUGAAAAGCCCUACGAGUGCAACGAAUGUGGGAAAGCCUUUAGAGUGAGCUCGGACCUUGCCCAGCACCACAAGAUCCACACGGGAGAGAAGCCUCACGAAUGUCUAGAGUGUGGGAAGGCGUUCACUCAGCUCUCCCACCUCAUCCAGCACCAGCGGAUCCACACGGGGGAGAGGCCAUAUGUGUGCCCCUUGUGCGGGAAAGCCUUCAACCACAGUACUGUCCUGCGGAGCCACCAGAGGGUGCACACUGGAGAGAAGCCUCAUGGGUGCAGCGAGUGUGGGAAGACAUUCAGUGUGAAGAGAACGCUGCUGCAGCACCAGCGGGUCCACACCGGCGAGAAACCCUACACGUGCAGUGAGUGCGGCAAGGCCUUCAGUGACCGCUCGGUGCUCAUCCAGCAUCACAACGUGCACACCGGGGAAAAGCCGUACGAGUGCAGUGAGUGUGGCAAGACCUUCAGCCACCGCUCCACCCUAAUGAACCACGAGAGGAUUCACACGGAGGAGAAACCCUAUGCGUGCUACGAGUGUGGGAAGGCCUUCGUUCAGCACUCACACCUCAUCCAGCACCUCCGGGUCCACACUGGGGAGAAGCCCUAUGUGUGCAGCGAAUGCGGGCACGCUUUCAGUGCGCGCAGGUCUCUGAUCCAGCACGAGAGAAUCCACACGGGCGAGAAGCCCUUUCAGUGCACAGAGUGUGGCAAAGCCUUCAGCCUGAAAGCAACUCUCAUCGUGCACCUGAGGACCCACACAGGCGAGAAGCCCUACGAGUGCAAUCGCUGCGGCAAGGCAUUCAGCCAGUACUCGGUGCUCAUCCAACACCAGAGGAUCCACACAGGAGAGAAACCCUAUGAGUGUGGGGAGUGUGGACGUGCCUUCAACCAGCACGGGCACCUGAUCCAGCACCAGAAAGUACACAAGAAGCUGUGACCCACGGCUGUCAGAAGCCCAACUUAGAACCUGCACAAUACAUGAACAGUUUUCCUCCCAGUUUGUUAAAUCUGCAGGACCUUUCCUUGGUGGCUCAAUGUCACAAUUCCUUUUCCUUCUAGAGAAAACCAUUCUAGUGUUACCUUUCCCUAACCAUCUUGAGGUUAUAUUGGAGAAUCCUAUAAUUGUGGAUAAUGGUAAAGUUAGCCAUAAUUCUGCCUUUAUUUGACAUGAAUCAGUUUAUUGAAACAACUGAGAAGACAGACUAUAUUGACAUUUCAAAUGGAGUUCCUUGUCUUACUAGCUUCAUGCCUUUCCUGAAUGCAUCUGGUCAUUCAAAUGUUGUAUUUAAAUUUACAAUGUUGGACUAUUUUCAGUUCUUAACUUUUUUAUUGGGGGAGGGUACUUUUAAAGGUCUUUGUGGAGCCAUGGCUGUCCUGGAAAUCUCUGUAGACCAGACUGACCUCAAACUCAGAGAUCCACCUGCCUCUGCCUCCCGACUGCUGAGGAUAAAGGCGUGUGCCAGCACCACCCAGCUUAUUUUUGGUAUUUAUGAAACACUUAAGUACUAUGUGUAUAAAGUAUCAUUUAAAAAAAUUCUUGGCCCAGAGAGAUGAUAGGUUCAGUGGAUAAAACCUGAGUUUGCUUUCUAGAACCCACAAGGUGGGAGAGAACCAACUCCCACAGGCUGUCAUCUGGCUUCCAUGUUGACUUCCAAGCAAGAGUGUGUGAUAUGCACACACAUAGAUAAAACUAGUAUUUUAAAAUAUUCUUAUGAAAUAUUCUGAAAUGGCAGCUCUAAGUGUUUGGAAAAGGAAAAAGAUACAUUAGUGAGGAUUUAUGUAAACUGAAAAGAAUUGUUUGGUGUCUGUCUGAGGGUUUCUGUUGUCCUGAUAAAACACCAUAACCAAAGCAACUUAGCAAAGGGUUUAUUUCACUUCCACAUCACAGGAAGUCAAAGCAGAAACUCCUAUACAGGCCAUGGAGUAACACUGCUUACUAGCUUGCUCCUCAUGGCUGCUUUCUUAUAAAGUUCAGGUAGGAUCCACUCAAACACACCUGUUGGUCCUGUGGUAGUAUAGUAGCAUCUAUUCAAGAACUCUAACCCUGCCGUAUGGUGCCAAGCCUUGGUUUCUCUCCAGGAUCCCUUCAGCCCUAGGGCUUCUACAGCUGAGGCAGCAUCUUCACUGGCCUCAGUGCCAAGCCUCAGCUUGAACCCACCAUGCCUUAGAAACCUGUACCACAUAUCAUUGAGUUCAGUUACCUGCCUCUGGACCACAGCUUCUUUCCAGAUGCUAAUCCUGAGUAGGCAAACACUUCCCAGAUUUCACCUGAAUGGUGCCGAUUACUGCUCCCUCCUCACACCCCCACCACACAUACAGGGUUUCUGUGUAACCCUGGCUGUUCUGGAACUCAUUGUUGACCAGGCCUGCCUCUGUUGGGAUUAAAGGCAUGCACCAAUCUCUUAAUCACAGCUGAUUAAACCCCAGCUGAGCCACAGAUUAGUCCAGCAAAGAUUCACUUUAAUGGUUUUAACUUGGCUAAAUUCCUUACUCUCAGCUGAGCAGAACAGAUUCUUAACUGAAUUAUCACCAGCAUGGUGGUAUAUGCCUUUAGUCCUAGCAAAGGCAGCCACAACUACAUAGUGGAAUCCUGUCUCAAAACAAAAGGCAUGGUGAUGCAUGUCUUUAGUCCCAGCACUCAAGAGGCAGCUGAGAUCUCUAAGAGUUCAUAGCUAGGGCCAGAUAAACCGUUGUCUCGAAAAACCAAAAUAAAUAUCUGCCUCUA